UCGACCAAUGCAACGGCGCCAUUCGAAUCGAUAGACGCACUUGAGAAGCAUUUCAGGUUAUGUCACCGCAUAACCAUGGAUCCGGACGUGCUCGAGUUUCUGGCGGAGAAGCAGCGUGUGAACAUCAUACCGACUAUAAAUAGUAAUGUGAUUCAUUUGAUAUCUGGGGACGUGGGGCCCUUCAGGGCCGGACUCCCUGUGCAGGUGCCUCUGUGGAUGGCGGUCAACUUGAAACAACAGCAGAAGUGCAAGAUUCAAGCCCCCGACUGGAUGGACGUAGAUGUGCUGGAGACAAUCAAAGACAGGGAAAAAGUUUCGAGAAACUUUAUUAAAAUGCCGAGUGAACACUACAUGGUGGAAGCCAAAUUGCUGCUAUCAGCUGCUCCUGAUGAUAUACCACGCACCGAUGAGAUCAGAACAAUCAUCAAAGAUAUUUGGGAUAUGCGUAUGUCCAAGCUGCGAGCUUCCGUUGAUUCCAUGAUGAAGGAAUCCGGAUCAUAUGCAGCAGUCGACAAUUUGACCAUCAUGGAAAUCAACUCGAUCAGACCAAUACUGCCACACGCUUUGGAUCAACUUUACAGAUUGAAGAAGGCUGCACGGAUGCACGGUUCCACUCAAUCUCAGAACACCACCACCUUCAAUUCCAGAUUAACAAUAACACCGUUCAAGUCGUAAUCCUUGAAGUAGUUAGUUAUUAUUAACUAUUUUGUAUUUAUUUUUGUACUUAAUAAAAUUUACUUUACAUUUGAA